CGGAACACCGAGUGACACGAACAGAAGUGGAGAAAAACACGUGACUGUACGGAAUAAACUAACUGAUGACUUGGAGCAACAUCGUCACUUUGACAUACAUGUGAGACACUGCGUGGCCUGGAAAACAGCCUAUCUGAAGGAUAAUGAAAGAAUCAGUGAUGAACAUCAGUUGGUCCGAGUGUCUCUGUUUCAUCCUCCUGCUUCUACAACUGACCACUGUCUCCACACUGAAGAGGUUUGAGGUUCUUGGUCCACCUGAUCCUGUAGAUGCUGUAGUUGGUGAAGAUGUUGUUCUGCCCUGUUACCUCAAACCCAACAUCAGUGCUGUUGACCUGCAUAUCGAGUGGCUCAGAGUUCAUACCGAAGACCCACUUGUACAUCUUUACCAGGAUCAUGAGGACAGAAAUGAGAAUCAGAUCCCAUCUUACAGGGGAAGAACAUUACUGUUCCCUGAACAACUAAAGAAUGGAAAUGUUUCACUGAAACUGAGAAAUGUGCAAGUCUCUGACAAUGGAGAGUAUAAAUGUCUUGUGGAGUCUCAGGAGUGGUAUGAAGAUUAUUCCAUUCAUGUUUAUAUUAAAGCUGUAGGAACCCAUCCAGUGAUCUCCAUUGAGGGAUAUAAAGAAGGAGGGAUCAGUCUGGUGUGUGAAUCUAAAGGCUGGUACCCUCAGCCUGAAGUGCUCUGGAUGGACAGUGAAGGACACAGUCUCCCUGCUGGACACACAGAGACACACAGAGACAGUAUGGACCUCUUCAUCGUGAGACGACGUGUUAUUGUACAGGAGACAGAGACCAACAGGUUCACUUGUCGAGUUCGACAGCAGCAGAUAAAUGAAAUGAAAGAGACAAAAACUAACAUCCCUGGUGAGAUGUUCCAUCGUGCCCAUCCCUGGAAGGUGACCUUUGCUGUGAUCUUCAGUCUGGCUGCUGUUUGUAUUAUUGGAUGCUCUGUUUUGAUUCACCAUUUUGUGAAACUGCGGAAAAAGAGAGGUCAGCUCAAAGAAGAGCAUGGUGAGCUCCAAGAGCAGCAUGUAUUGAAGACAUGGUUAAAGCCUAAGAUUGAUAAAAGCACCUCUCUGUCCUACGCAGUUGAUGUGACUCUGGACCCUGAUACAGCACAUCCUCAACUUGUCCUCUCUGAGAACAGGAAACAAGUGAGACGUGGAGACACAAAGCAGGAUCUUCCUGACAAACCAGAGAGGUUUAAAAACCGGAUAAGUGUCCUGGGAAAAGAAGGUUUUUCUUCAGGGAGACGUUACUGGGAGGUGCAGGUUGGGGACAAGAUGGACUGGGAUUUAGGAGUGGCCAGAGAGUCCAUCAACAGGAAGGGAAAAAUUCAAUUGAGUCCAAAUAAUGGUUACUGGACUAUCUGGCUGAGGAAUAGAAAGGAGUAUAAGGCUCUCAGUGACCACCCUGUGUUGCUCCACAUGAGUGUGAAGCCCCAGAAGGUGGGGGUGUAUGUGGACUAUGAGGAGGGUCAGGUCUCCUUUUACAGUGUGGAGGACAAGUCUCUUAUCUACAUUUUCACUGGAUAUAAAUUUACUGAGAAACUCUAUCCGUACUUCUGGCCAGGUGCCCCAAACUCAGCCCCACUGAUCAUAUCUCCUGUUAUUGACACAGACUGAAGAAACUGAUUUUAGCUUUCAAUGUUCAGGUUAUGAUGCCAUGUUCUGAUUUAAUUUCCCAUCUCACCCUCAUUCAGGGUUUGUAAUUUCUCCAUCAAAACAUAUCUUUUGUACAUUGUAAUGUUUUUU